AUGAACGACGUGGACAUUACUGAGCAAAUAGACAAAGAAGUACAGGACCUUCAGGAAAAACUGAAAGAUAGACUGAAAGAGGCUGAAGAUUUGAGUGAACUGAACAAACAAGUUAGCCAGACAACAUUCUCCUUAGAACAGCACACAAGCAGCUUACAAGAAUCUGCGUACAGAACCAAAUGGAAAAUUAUGAUGGAGUAUUACAAAUAUGUUAUUGCCAUUGCCGUUGUGGUUCUACUUUUACUAUUUAUAAUAUUUAAGAGGUAA